UAGCGGUUCAUUAUUUUAAAUGACGAUGUAAAAGUUGAUUAUUCUAGUUUUAUUUAAUUCCAAGUGGUUUGGUGACAUAAAUAAGUUAAAAAAAAAAGAAAGUUGAUGUGACUUAAACUGGUGUCUUUAAGUUAAUAAUACAUUUUCAAGUGGUUUUUGUUGAUAAUAUGAGGAUUAAUAGAAGGAAAAAGUCCGCAAAAAUACUCGCACUAGGAGCUUUAGUAUUAGUUGCCAUUGUCGUGGUAGUAAUAACUUUGGUAGUAAUAUCUACAAAGAAAAAAGAAGAAAGGAGACUGGGAGCCGUAGUCAGUAGCGGACAUGGCUGCGCUGAAAUAGGAGUUGCGACAAUGAAGAAAGGCGGCAAUGCCGUCGACGCGGCAAUAGCAACGAUGUUCUGCGAGGGUGUGGCAAUGUCGGAAAGCACAGGGUUGGGUGGUGGAUUUUUUUUAGUAUUAUACAAUAAAACAACAGGCGAAACGUGGGCUCUGGAUGCCAGAGAGACAGCCCCAGGAGCUGCUGCCGAAGACAUGUACGUUGGAAAACCUGCCAAUGCUUCCUUAAGAGGCGGUAGUUCUGUCGCAGUGCCCGGCGAACUCAGAGGAUACUGGGAACUUUACAAAAGGUUCGGUGGCGGUCUACCAUGGAAAGACUUGGUCCAACCAACGUUAGACAUAUGUAAAAACGGCCAAUUCGUUACCGAAUUCUUAGAAACCCGAUUCAAAAUAAGAAAGGAACUUCUUUACAAUGACCCUACAAUGAGAGAUACUUUCUUCCAUAAAAAUUCCAAGGAAUAUUACAAAUCAGGAGAAUAUUUGAAAAGACCCAGAAUGGCGAGAACUUUGGAAAUAAUUGCUAGAGAAGGGGGCGAUGCGUUGCAUAAUGGUUCACUCACCAAAGGAUUUGUUGAAGAUAUUCGAGAUAAAGGUGGCUUCAUUACCGAAAAAGAUAUGAACAACUACAAACCAAUAUGGAAGAGGCCGGUACAAACCAUGAUAGAUCAGAACUACACUGUGAUAUCCUCACCUUUACCUGCCAGCGGUAUUAUUUUAAAUUAUAUCCUAAACAUUUUGAGUAACUUUAUAGAUUUUAAUCAACCGUAUUCGAUUGAAACCAAUCAACGAAUCAUUGAGAGCUUCAAGUUUGGCUACGCUAAAAGAACUGAGUUUGCUGAUCCAGACUUUUUCGACUUCACUGAAUUGGUAAAUAAUAUGAGCUCGCCUGCAUACGCAGCUGCCACAAGAAAGUUGAUAAAAGAUAACCAGACGUUUCAAGAUCCCCUGUAUUACGGGGCUACGACCAAUUUCCAGGAAGAUCACGGUACUUCACACAUUUCCGUUUUAUCGCCUCAAGGGGAUGCUGUAUCUGUUACAGGAACUAUUAAUUUCAUCUGGGGAGCCGGUUUCCAGUCAAACAGUACUGGAAUAAUCCUAAACGACAGCAUGGACGAUUUCUCUCAACCGGAAACGACAAACGGUUUUGGUUUACCCCCGGCUAGGGUUAAUUUUAUAAAACCUGGUAAAAGGCCGAUGUCUUCUAUGACGCCCGCCAUCGUUUUGGAUGAAAAUAAGAACGUCGUGAUGGUUCCUGGAGGCGCCGGUGGAAGCAAAAUCACCACAGCUUUGGCGCAAACUAUCAUCAAACAUCUAUGGUUCAAAAUGGAUCUAAACACAUCAAUAAACGAAAGAAGACUCCAUCACCAAUUGGUUCCCAUGAAAAUCAUAUACGAAGAGGAAUUCAGGACGAAGGCCAAGGAUUUGGUUGAAGGUUUAGCGAAAAUCGGUCACAAAUACGAUUUCACAGACGACUACGGAUUCGCUUCCAUCGUAGCGAUAAGUAGGAACUCUAGCACCGGGCAUACAGAAGCCGUAUCUGACGCUAGAAGGCCUGGAUCAGUGGCGUAUGAUAAUUAACGAACUUUCUGAAUAUACUAAAAAUUAUGAACAUACCAAAAAUUACGAGUUAUUUAUUUUCAUCUUAAUCUUAAUAAACACCUAAGGCAUUCCAAAUAAAAUGGCUGCCAGUGGAUAAUGACAGGUUAUGAUAUGGCAACCCUGUGGGCCUGGUGAUUUAACAAGGUCAAAGAUAUAGAUAGUUAUAUAGAUUGAUCAUCCAUGUUUUUCAAAAUAAACAUAAACUUAUGCAUUGAAGUAAAAAUUUAGGUAAUUAUUUUUUUUAGUUUGCCGUAUCAUAACCUGUCAUUACCCACAUGCAGCAUUUUAACAGGUCGUUGGAAUGCCUAAUUUUAAAUAUGCCGCAAACUUUACACCUAUUUAUGACGCCAUUGGCUCUCUGGCACAUUUAGUUAAAUCGAUCAUUUUUGUAAUUGGGCUACCUCUUAUGAUUCUAAAAAUAACCAGUUAUUAUUUUUUAUUGCAUAUUAUACAAGGAAUAAUUUACCUCGAAUCGUCUAAAUGAUCAUGUUACUGUCAUAAUACCUAAGUGAAUCUCAUUUAUUUUACAGAAAUUUUACCAAACUGCUAUAGUAUUAUGUUAAUGUCGAGUUGUUUUGAAUUAUUUCAAAUAAAUAAAUAAUUGAUUGUUU